CUUCAGCUCGAAGAACAACCACGAAAGAGCCUCCGGUUCAUGAUAAGCUUAUCACAACAUUGCUCAAUAAUGCCAUCGAAAAAACUUUCCAAACAAUGAAUUCAGAUACGAUCGACAAAUUAGUUCUCAGCAUGGAGAAUCUAAAUUCGUUCUCUUAUGAAACAUACAUCGACUGCCAAAUGGAGCCCUUUGAAAACAAGUUCUACUUCACUAAUGUCACGGUAACCCAAAUAAAAGUAGAAUCUGCCAACUUGCGACGUGAAUUUUAUCACAAUAGAAUGAUCUUAUUUUUCAAUCGCCUAUCCCUUGAAAUUAGAGGAUACGUGGGGGCAACCUCAGAUACAGCUCAUGUGGGUUUUCCUCACUCUAUGAUUUUCAAAAACAUCUCCAUUCACGUAAUAGCUGAAUCCCUACAGAGGUUCUCAACGGACGAAUUUUACCCGUACAUUGAUUUCAUUCACUAUGAAGAUUACGAAUCUCAUUUGGUAGCUCCGCCUUGGUACCACGAAGACUUGCCAUUUCACCUCAUAGACGAUGUGUAUAGCCGGAUCGAAGAUCACUUACCAUCCUUAUUCGAAUUCGGUUUACGAAACAACAAUAACUUCACGCAAACACUCCAAGCAACGCUUUCUCGCUGUCCUGAAAAAGAAACCAUCACAUCGUUCUAUUCUUUAGAUAUUUUCAGAACGAAGAGUUACUACUUUAUACCACACAUCAAAUCUUUAGGUCGUACCCUCGGCAAUAUCUCCAUCACUGGAAUGCACAAUUUUCAUAGUCACUCGAUCGCUAAAAAUCGCAGUCGAACUGUCAGCACCCUGGCAAUUAAAUAUAUUCAAGGAACCGCUGAUUUACAUUAUAUUGGUGGAAAUUUCACAAUUUUUCCAUUAUACUUUGAAGUAGAUUGCAUUUCGAUAACGGUUGAUCAAAAACAGCAACGUAUUACCGCGACUGCGCACAAUUAUACCGUUAUUGAGACCAAAACGAACGUACCAUUGACGGAGUAUCAGUCCAAAUGGGUAAUGGAAGGGAUUCAGGUGGCGAUUGCGUCUUCGAUAAUGCCAUCGAUGAAACACUACAGAAACAGUAAUUAUUCGACCAAUACACUCGAAGAACACCCGAUUGUAAAAAUAAGUACCAAAUUAUCUCAGCAAUUCAAGGGUAGCACGAUACAGAAACUGUACGAUGCUUGGAGCAUAACGAUACCAGAAAGCUUCAACACAGAAUCAACGAUCGAAAUAGAAUCAAAUAUUUAUAAUAUUUCAAUUGAAGCUAAACCCAAAACAGAUUUGAAACCGUAUCCAGAUAGGAUCCUAUGUAAUCUCUAUCGCAACUUGCAAAUACACUUCAAAACCUCUACUUGGUUAGGAAAAAUUAGCGUGUUCAACAGCACUCACGAAUUCGACGAUAUCGGUUUCCUAAUGGGGAAAGUAUUCGUUGAGCUAGUCAAACAAAACAAUUCCAAUGAAUUUGAAUUGAAAUCCUUUUCAACCCUUGACGUUAAACUGUUUCCAACCCAGUACAAUUUCACAGAUCACGAUCGAUUGGAGAUAGCACAAAAAACGCAACAAUUGAUGAUCUCGUUGAUUAAGAAAACAGUUAUCCUUUUCGCAGAACCACUGCUUUCCUUACCGUUAGACCACUGUACCUCGCCAGUAAAAAUGUUCGACGACUUCCUGCCCUUCUACGCCGAUCACGAAUUACCUUUUCGUGUACCUGUUAGCAGAAUUGCGAACGAAUCCUUGCUAUCGAAUAUAACCAACUUGAUAAUCACAGACUGGAGGAAAUCGCCCACAGCUUGUGUCUCGAUUAACCAAGAAGACCUUGUCAAUGGAAGUAUGGUCAUAUCGACAUACGUGAAUUUACAAUUGGGGUUGAUCGAACUUCUGAUGAAUUGUGAUAAUGAUUUUAUACCACUUGAUGAGCUGCAUUUGUGGACACCUAGUGUAUAUGUACGAAAUUACACUGAUCGUGGAGAGAUAGAAGUGGAUAUUGUUUCGUAUCCGAGGUGUACGGAUCGCUACAUUGGUCAGUGGGAUGAACUGGAAUUUCUCCCUACUUCGAAUCUCGUUUGGAUUCGGGAAAAACUAGAAUAUAUCCUUGGCGAAUGUUUCAAUCAUCUUAUCAGUGUCGGUUCUUAACAUUAUUGUUAGUCUAAUUUAGCUAAUAUGUAUUAUUAAUUUUGUACCAAUUAAAUAAAUGAAACUCCCACCGCCAAGUUACACAUAAAGUCAUUAAAAAUAAUAAAUUUGAUUGCAAGAGCA